AUGGAGGUGAUUGGAGCCGGUUUAGGGAGAACUGGGACAUCAAGCAUUCAGCUGGCGUUAGAAAAACUUGGACUUGGCCCAUGUUAUCACAUGAACCAGAACUUUGCGCACAACCACGGCGAGCUCUGGAAUCAAGUCGAAGAAGCAAAAACAAUUGAGCUGCGAGAAGCUGCGUUGCGAAAAAUCUUCGACGAAAAAGGCUACCGAUCAUCUGCGGACUACCCCGCUUGCUCUUUCUUUGAAGAUCUUCUGCGAAUGAACCCAAAAGCCAAGGUCCUUCUUUCCGUCCGAGACAAGCCGGAGGACUGUCAUAAACUUGGUAAAAUAAUUAUGCGAAUGUUUCUCGGAAAACCUCAUGACUUUUCGCAAAAAGGCCUCGAAAACGCCUACACAGAAUGGAAUGAUCACGUGAUCGCGAAAAUUCCGCAAGACCAACUUUUAGUUUUCAAUGUUAAACAAGGCUGGGAACCACUCUGUCGCUUCCUGAACAAGCCAAUUCCAAAUGAACCAUUUCCGAAUACGAACAAGAAAUCAGACGUUGAUGACGAAUCUGUCACGAAGGAAAUUAUCACCCUCGGAUCUGUUGUUGUUUUCUACGGGGGACUUGCUUUCCUCGGAUAUCUCUCAUACAAGCAUGAUUUUAAAGGGUCUCUGACUCGAGGUCUUGGUCUGUUAAAUACAUAA